GCCCGCUGACAGAGAAAACUGGAGAAUGUAAUAGAUGGAUUUUUUCUUGUAUGUGGAUUAUAACAAACCUUUUUGUUUUAUACCUGUUCCAAUGAAGUGUUGAUUGCAUCGCGACUAAUAAUUUUCCUCAAGUGGCGCAGCAUAAAAUGUCGGACAGAACAAUGAGACGGCAAGUGUUGUUGUUUAUCUCGGUUCUUUCACUCAGCUCGGUGGUCGGCCAGGUUAGCUAUUCUAUUCCUGAGGAAAUGAUGGUAGGCUCUUUGGUUGGUAACAUAGGACAAGAUUUAGGUUUGGACCUAGGAAGGCUUAAAACAGGUAAAGCUCGCAUUUAUACAGGAGACAGUGCAGAAUAUAUCGAGCUGAAUAAAGACAGAGGAGUCCUUCUCAUCAAACAGAGAAUAGACAGAGAGGCUUUAUGUGGGGACACGACGCCUUGCGCUUUGCAUUUUCAGAUAAUUCUAGAAAAUCCAAUGGAGCUCAAUGUGAGUGUGAAAAUACUGAUCCAGGACCAGAACGACAACGCCCCUCAGGUUCUGUACCCAGUUCAGACUGGUGGCUCUCUGGUGGCUGAAAUGGUGCCUCGUACAGCAGAGGUGGGCUAUCUGGUGACCAAAGUGGUGGCUGUUGAUGUGGACUCUGGCCAGAAUGCCUGGCUCUCCUAUAAACUGCAGAAAGCCACAGACAGGGCGCUGUUUGAAGUGGGCUUACAGAACGGGGAAAUCAGAACUAUCCGCCAAGUCACUGACAAAGAUGCUGUGAAACAACGGCUGACUGUUGUGGUGGAGGACAACGGCCAGCCCCCUCGUUCAGCUACAGUCAGUGUUAACGUGGCGGUGGCGGACAGCUUCCCUGAAGUGCUGUCGGAGUUCACUGACUUUACACAGGACAAGGAGUACAAUGACAACCUGACUUUUUACUUGGUCUUGGCUUUGGCUGUGGUUUCCUUUCUGUUCAUCACAUGCCUGGUGGUUAUUAUAUCAGUGAAAAUCUACAGAUGGAGACAGUCUCUUAUCCUUUAUCAGUCCAACCUGCCGGUGAUUCCAUAUUAUCCCCCACGUUAUUCAGACACUUUGGGGACAGGGACUCUCCCACACGUGUACAAUUACGAGGUGUGCAGGACGACUGACUCCAGAAAGAGUGACUGUAAGUUCGGCAGAGCCGGAAGUCAGAACGUCCUGAUAAUGGAUCCCAGUUCAACAGGGACGACGCAGCGGAUACAGAGUGAGAAGAGCAUCCUGGACGAACCAGACUCUCCUCUAGAGGUUAGAAAUAUACACCUUUGA